AUGGCAGACUCUAUUGUGGAGGCAGCGAAAGAUGGAUUGACGCGGGAGGUACAGUGGUUUCUGGCGCAGGGCGAGGACGUCAACGUUACCGACAGCGACGGCCGCACCGCCCUCCACUGGGCUCUCCAGAAAGGCCACGGCGACUGCGUAGUGACGCUGCUCCGGGCUGGCGCGGACCUCGACCUCAAGGACAACGACGGAAACCCUCCACUGCACAUUGCCGUCCGACACAACCACCUCCAACUGGUCAAGCUCCUGGUCAAAGCCGGUGCUGACCUUCGCCUGGUCGAUGCUCGCUCGCUCAACUCCUACAACCUGGCCCGGGGCAUCCUAGGCACGCAGAGCGAGGUCACCAAGUUCCUCGCCGAGAUCAUGGAGAAGAUAGCACCGGGCAGCACAGACGCCAGCAAGUCCACCACAGCGGAGACGCCUCAGCCAAAGCACGCCGGGCUGGGCACUGAUGUGAUGGGGCCCACCACCAGCGCCGUCACCCUUUUGGUGAUCACGUACGCCGGCAUCAGCCUGGCUGUUGUGGAGCUGAGCGAAGACCUGAGCGAGUCUCUGGCGUCGGUGCGGGCCAAGAUGGAGGAGGACGAGACCACAGGCGCGCUCGUCACCCGGAAGCAGGAGACGCUCGUCUACCAGAUCGAGAUCGCCAAGCAGGAGAAGCCCACACGCGGCCAGUUCCUCUCCGCCGCCGACCUCGACCUGUGA